CCCCGCCCCCCGCCGAGUGCAUGAGGUUGACGCUACUUUGUUGCACCUGGAGGGAAGAACGUAUGGGAGAGGAAGGAAGUGAGUUGCCCGUGUGUGCGAGCUGCGGCCAGAGGAUCUAUGACGGCCAGUACCUCCAGGCCCUGAACGCUGACUGGCACGCAGACUGCUUCAGGUGUUGUGAAUGCGGCGCCUCCCUCUCGCACCAGUACUACGAGAAGGAUGGGCAGCUCUUCUGCAAGAAGGACUACUGGGCCCGCUACGGCGAGUCUUGCCACGGGUGCUCGGAGCACAUCACCAAAGGGCUGGUCAUGGUGGCUGGGGAGCUGAAGUACCACCCUGAGUGCUUCAUCUGCCUCACAUGUGGGACCUUCAUCGGCGACGGGGACACCUACACGUUGGUGGAGCACUCCAAGCUGUACUGUGGGCACUGCUACUACCAGACUGUGGUGACCCCCGUCAUCGAGCAGAUCCUGCCCGACUCCCCUGGCUCCCACCUGCCCCACACAGUCACCCUGGUGUCCAUCCCAGCCUCUGCUCAUGGCAAACGUGGUCUCUCCGUCUCCAUCGACCCACCCCACGGCCCUCCAGGCUGUGGUGCAGAGCACUCCCACACUGUCCGCGUCCAGGGAGUGGACCCAGGCUGCAUGAGCCCAGAUGUGAAGAAUUCCAUCCACGUGGGAGACAGGAUCCUGGAGAUCAAYGGCACACCCAUCCGGAACGUGCCCCUGGAUGAGAUCGACCUGCUGAUACAGGAAACCAGUCGCCUGCUGCAGCUGACCCUUGAGCAUGACCCCCACGACCCGCUAGGCCAUGGGCCAGGGCCCGAGCCCAGCCCCCUGGGCUCCCCGAUGCACGUGCCCAGCGGAGAGGUGGGCAGCUCUGCCCGGCAGAAACCUGUCCUGAGAAGCUGCAGCAUCGACACGUCCCCAGGUGCCGGCUCGCUGGCCUCGCCAGCCUCCCAGCGCAAGGACCUAGGUCGCUCCGAAUCCCUCCGGGUGGUCUGCCGGCCACAUCGCAUCUUCCGGCCAUCAGACCUCAUCCAUGGGGAGGUGCUGGGCAAGGGCUGCUUUGGCCAGGCCAUCAAGGUGACGCACCGGGAGACGGGUGAGGUGAUGGUGAUGAAGGAGCUGAUUCGGUUCGACGAGGAGACCCAGAGGACGUUUCUCAAGGAGGUGAAGGUCAUGAGAUGCCUAGAGCACCCCAACGUGCUCAAGUUCAUCGGGGUGCURUACAAGGACAAGAGGCUGAACUUCAUCACCGAGUAUAUCAAGGGYGGCACCCUGCGGGGCAUCAUCAAGAGCAUGGACAGCCAGUACCCAUGGACUCAGAGGGUGAGCUUUGCCAAGGACAUCGCGUCGGGGAUGGCCUACCUCCACUCCAUGAACAUCAUCCACCGAGACCUCAACUCUCACAACUGCCUGGUCCGUGAGAACAACAAUGUGGUGGUGGCCGACUUCGGGCUGGCGCGGCUCAUGGUGGACGAGAAGACCCAGCCUGAGGACCUGCGGAGCCUCAAGAAGCCCGACCGCAAGAAGCGCUACACUGUGGUGGGCAACCCCUACUGGAUGGCACCCGAGAUGAUCAACGGCCGCAGCUAUGAUGAGAAGGUGGACGUGUUUUCCUUCGGAAUCGUCCUGUGUGAGAUCAUCGGGCGGGUGAACGCAGACCCCGACUACCUGCCCCGCACCAUGGACUUUGGCCUCAACGUGCGUGGCUUCUUGGACCGCUACUGCCCCCCAAACUGCCCCCCAAGCUUCUUCCCUAUUACUGUGCGCUGCUGCGAUUUGGACCCUGAGAAGAGGCCCUGCUUCGUAAAGCUGGAACAUUGGCUGGAGACCCUCCGCAUGCACCUGGCUGGCCACCUGCCCUUGGGCCCACAGCUGGAACAGCUGGAUAGGGGCUUCUGGGAGACCUACCGGCGCGGUGAGAGCGGACUGCCCGCCCACCCUGAGGUCCCCGACUGAGCCCUGCCCCCCCAGCUGCCCCGCCCCACCUCCAGAGAAUCUGCCCUCACCAGGUUCCUCUGCAGGAGGUGGCCAAGGCAUGGAGCCCUGGCCAGGGCCGCGGGUGCCCAGACCCCUCCCCAGAGCCAGGCCCUGACUUGCCUUCUCCCCCGCGGACUGCCCCAGUGCUGCCCAGUUGCCCACACGCGGUCACACCACCCUGCCUUACCUCUUGUCUUGGUGGGGCCGCCCCCACACACUCCUGCAUGAGCUGGGGGGCCCAGGAGGGCUGUGCCCACCCCACRCACCGCCCAAGACAUCCGCACCCUGCAUCUGCCCGCAGCUCCUGAGCCAGGCUGGGCUGGGGGCAGCUUCUGAAGAUGCCCCAUAAUGGCCAGGCAAGGAGGAGGGAAUGGGUCAAGGGGGAGACCACGUUCCCAGGAGCCAGAUGGGAGUCUGGGGCCCGUUAUCCCCCGGGGGUGUCUAGGUAGCGGCAGGCGUUGAUAAUUGUCCAGACCCCCAAACAGAGCGAGGCCUGACCCAGGGCCCGCCCAUGGCCAGGCAGCAGCAGGCCUUGCUCUUGGUUUGGGUCUCUUCCCUUUCUUUAUCGAAGCCACUUUAGUGAGAAGCAGGUACCAGGCCUCAGGGUGAAGAGGGGUCCCUUGAGGGAGAGGGCACUAUGGUGCCUGGGUCAGGGCUGAUGGGGGGAGCUGGCCCUGGGCAGGAGUGGCGAUCGAGAGGCAGGAGUCCACCAGCAACCCCGCCCCCAGGAUCAUCUCAGCGCCCCCUCCCGUGCUCCCUGCCAGUAGCUGGAGGAGUCCCUGCCCCUCCUCGUGCCCCUCUGUCCUCUGGGUUCUUUCUGUGUAAUCUAUUUUUUAAGAAGAGUUUGUAUUAUUUUUUCAUACGGCUGC